AUGGAUAACCACCUAGCAGCACACUCUCUACCUGAUCAUCAACCAUUGAAGACCUUCUUUCCUGACAAGGACAUCCUCCUUAUUAAGGGAGAAGAAGAAAGGAAGGUAGGAGAGUGGACACUCUUCUUCAAGGGAGCCGUCAACUCAAAAGGAAGUGGAGUAAGAGUGAUACUCUAUUCCCCCGACGAUGUCUCGAUCCCUAUCUCCAGGCGAUUGGCAUUUAAUUGCACUAACAAUAUGGCUGAAUAUGAAGCAUGUAUCGCCGACCUGAAAGACGCCAUCAUCCUCAACGUGAAAAGAUUGCAAGUCUUUGGAGACUUAAAACUUAUCAUCAACCAAACAAACGAUGAAUGGAGGACCAAAGAUGAAAAGUCGAUCCUCUAUCACUUCUAUCUGGAGAAUCUAAGCGAGGAAUUUGAUGAAGUCGCAUUCUCAUACAUGCCCCGAGCUAAAAAUCAGUUCGCAGACACCCUUGCCACCCUUGCCUCAAUGCUUGAGAUUCCUAAAGGAAUUUCUUAG